UCACUUCCGCAUCCAAGGGAAACAAACCCUUUGCAGGUACCAGCUAGUUAAAAUGUAUAGUGUUUGGGAGUUCGGAGAAAAUCAUGAUGAUGAUCAUCAUCAAUGUCACCAAGAUAUAUUGAUAUCUAAGCUUGUUAAAUCUCAAGAAGCCAUGUUUAAUAAGCUUAUUAAAUCACAAGAAGACAUGUUUGAUAAGCUUGUUAAAUCUCAAAAAGAAUUUUACAAACUACUCAAACAUAACAAUAAGAAUAAUGAUGGUGACGACGAUGAUGAAACUAGUGAUGAAGCAUCUGCAGAUGACGAGGAAGAUGAUGAUAUCCAAGACGAGGUGUCUGAUCAAGAUGAUCAACAGCUUAGUGAUCAUAUUGAAUCUGCAGAGUACGAGGGUGGUGAAAUGAUGUGCACCGAAACUACGUUGGAGGGAUACGAACAUCUAUUCGAGGCAGCUAAAUCCGGUGACUGGAAAGACGCUAGAGAAUCUUUUCAAAAGAAUCCCGAAGCGAUGUCAAUGAUCACUAACGAAGAAUGGAAAACCGCACAGCGUAUAGCUGUACUUCAUAAUCAGUUGUUGUCUUUAAAGGAGAUUGUGAAACUUAUGCCACCAGAAGCAAUCGAGUAUCAAACAAGAGAAAGGGCCUCCACGGCACUUCAUGCUGCUGCCAUGUAUGGAUACACCGAAGCUGCUAAAGUGUUGGUCAACAAGAACCCAAGAUUGACACAGAUACGCGACACCAAAGGAAGGGUACCACUCCAAGUUGCUGUUCAAGCUGUUACAGUUGGACAAACAGAGACGGUUAACUAUCUUUACUCUGUAACUAGACAUGUGAAGCCAAGUCCAUUCUUGGGUCAUGAUGGUGCUAGGUUGUUAUGUGGCGCAAUUGAUGCGAAUUUUUAUGAUAUUGCACUGUCACUUGUCAAAAGAUUUCCCAAAUUGGUCACAGAGAAGUCGCACGAACAUGGUAUAUGCGGAUUAGAGUCGAUAACUCAGAGGCCGUUUGCAUUUCUUAGCGGUGCCAAGCUGACAUGGUGGCAACGCAAAAUAUACUCAUUAACUCAUACGAGCAUGGAUUCCACGUCUAACAGUGGAACCCAAGCACCCAACCAAACCUCUUCCGAAAGAGAUGAAGAGAAUCCUUUCGAGAUAGAAGGCACCCAAGUCUUAGAUGGAGAUAACCCUUCCAGAAGUUCAGCAGUCAACUCCAUUAUUUCUAAAGGGAUACUGACCAUGUUAGCUUCAGCCAAUCGCAUGCCCAACAUUACACAAGUGCGUCAUAUCAAACAGUACAUAUAUAAACAGAAGUUGAUGCACAAACAAGCACUUGCACUGGUCAGUGAAAUGUUUGGGCAAAUAGAUAAAGCAGUGAUGGACAAGUCUCAAAUAGUAGAGUAUUUUAGUGAAAACUCGAACAUCAUAAAGACAUCUAUAAAGCAUGGAACUAAAGAGGUUGUGGUGGAAUGUCUUAAGAAAUUUCCUUUCCUUAUUUGGCAUGAAUUAGGGGGGCAGACAAUGAUACAAAUGGCUAUUGCUGAGAGAAAUGAAAAGAUUUUUAAUGUCAUAUGUGAAACUAGUGGGAAAGAUAAGAUUGAUUUAAUUUCCAGAAAAGACAAAAAGGGUUAUACUCUCUUGCAUUAUGCUGCCAAGAUUGCACCUGCUGUUCACCUCAAUUCUAUAUGUGGUACAGCUCUUCAGGUUCAAAGAGAAUUGCAGUGGUUUAAGGGGGUGGAAAGUAUUAUACCAGAGGAUGAUAGGGUCAGAAGAAAUAGAAAAGGAUAUACAGCUCAGUUUAUUUUUACUCAGCAACACAAGGGAUUGGUGGAGAAAGGAGGGGAAUGGAUGAAAGAUACGUCGGGAUCGUGCAUGGUUGUUGCUGCCUUAAUUGCUACUGUAGCUUUUGCAGCUGUUUUUACGGUUCCGGGAGGUAAUAUUAGUGAUAGUAGUAGCCCUAAGAAUGGCACCCCAAUUUUCUUGCAGAAUACCUCAUUCAUGGUCUUUGCUACAGCAGAUGCAUUAGCUCUAUUCUCUUCAAUUACAUCAGUCCUUAUGUUCUUAGCUAUUUAUACCUCCCGGCAUGCAGAAGAGGACUUUUACAAAUCCCUGCCGCAGAAAUUGAUUAUAGGUCUGGCUACUCUGUUCAUAUCUAUGGCCACCAUAUUGGUAGCUUUUGGUGCAUCAUUGUUCAUCGUUCUUGGCGAUAGAUUUGUGUGGUCGCUAAUUCCCAUAGCAUUGUUUAGUUGUAUUCCUUUGAGCUUGUUUGCAUCGUUGCAGUUACCAUUAUUUGCUGAAAUGGUUCGCUCCACAUAUUGGAAUUGCCUCUUCGGGGAACACAGAUAUAUACAGCCUAUUAAGCAAAGUAACGAGAAAAUGGAAGGGAUUUAAACCAAGAAAUAAAUCUGGGAAGUCUUAUAAUGAAGGAAAUAUGUAACUCAUUCUAAUACUUGGUGGAUAAACGAAAGCACGUUUAUGAGUGCAUAAAUGUAUGAUGUACCCUUUAGCAUCGAAAGGGAAAAUGUUUUGGUAGCUUUUGUACUCUUUUACCCACUCAGAUUUCAAAGAGUUUCCCGAAGGUAUCAAUAUUACGAAGCUUCAUACUUUGGAAGUUUCUUCUUCUCUAAAUGCUACUUUAAUCUUUACCGUAUUUCCUUUGCAAUCUCAAACAA